UUUGCAAGACAUAUCAAGAAAUCUGAAGGCCAGAAGACACCCAAAGUUGAAUUACAAAUCUCAAUCUAUGGUGUAAAAAUUCUAGAUCCAAAAACAAAGGAAGUCCAGCACAACUGUCAACUUCAUAGGAUAUCAUUUUGUGCUGAUGAUAAAACUGACAAGAGAAUAUUUACUUUCAUAUGCAAAGACUCAGAAUCAAAUAAGCAUCUGUGCUAUGUAUUUGACAGUGAAAAGUGUGCAGAAGAGAUAACUUUAACAAUUGGUCAAGCAUUUGACUUAGCUUACAGGAAAUUUCUGGAAUCCGGAGGAAAAGAUGUUGAAACAAGGAAACAAAUUGCAGGUUUACAGAAAAGAAUUCAAGAAUUAGAAACUGAAAACACAGAACUGAAAAAUAAAGUUCAAGAUUUGGAAAACCAGUUAAGAAUAACACAAGUACAUGCAUCUCCACUGCUGCACAUAAAGUGUGAUAACGAUGAACAUAUGUUUCAAAGACCCUCUACUUUUUACUGGUGUAACAAUGAGGAUUCACCUCCUUGUUUAGAUAUCUCUUCCAUUACGCUUACUCCUAGGAGUUCUCCUGACUCUAAACUACCAUCUGGAUUGUUAAUACCACCACCUUCAAAAAGUGGUCUUCCAAAGCCAACCAGUGAAUACAGCUGCCCAAGACCUCGUGCAGGCAGUGUGACACCUAAAUCACCCUCCACUGACAUCUUUGAUAUGGUUCCCUUUUCUCCCAUAUCCCCUCAGUCAUCAACACCUACUCGCAAUGGUACACAGCCUCCUCCAGUACCCAGUAGAUCUACAGAGAUCAAGAGAGACCUUUUUGGAGCAGAACCUUUUGACCCUUUUAGCUGCGGAGCAGGAGAUUUCCCUCCAGACAUUCAGUCCAAACUAGAUGAGAUGCAG